AUGGAUGGCAUUAUCCUAACAGGAGAUUAUGAGGAAGAAAUCAAUAUUACCAAAGGUCUUCUUGCUAAGGAAUUUGAAAUCAAGGACCUUGGACAGCUCAAAUACUUCCUAGGUAUGGAAAUUGCAAGGUCAAGAAAGGGAAUAUGUGUUUCCCAAAGAAAAUACGUACUGGAUCUAUUAAAAGAAACUGGGAUGCUUGGAUGUAAGCCAGCUGACACACCUAUGGAUUCAACAACAAAAUUAGGCACUAAAGAAAAUUGUGCACCGGUGGAUAAAGGCAGAUACCAAAGGCUAGUGGGUAAACUAAUCUACCUUUCUCACACACGACCAGACAUUGGUUUUUCUGUCGGCAUGGUAAGUCAGUUUAUGAACAAUCCAAAUGAAGAACAUAUGGAGGCGGUGUAUAGAAUCCUAAGGUAUCUGAAGCUAACACCAGGGAAAGGAUUAUUUUUUGAGAAUAAUCAAAGAAGAGACAUAGAGGUGUUCAGUGAUGUAGAUUGGGCAGGAUUAGUACAAGACCGAAGAUCAACUUCAGGGUAUUGUACUUAUGUGUGGAGAAAUCUAGUCACAUGGAGAAGUAAGAAGCAAUCAGUGGUGUCAAGGAGCAGUGCAGAAGAUGAAUUCCGGGCAAUGGCCCAUGGUAUUUAUGAGGGAAUAUGGCUAAGAAGGGUACUAGAGGAAAUAAGAAUUUCUAGUGAAGAACCUAUGAAGAUGUUCUGUGAUAACCAAUCGGCAUUGCCAAGAAUCCAAUCCAUCAUGAUAGAACUAAGCAUGUGGAUAUUGAUCGGCACUUCAUAA